ACCCUUCUCUUUGAACACUGUGAACAACAACAAAGGAGUAUAAAUUUUUAGGCAAUAAGAUGGUCAUGGUUUUCGAGUCUCCAGAUCGCGGCGACGUGAUCUUCUGCGUGAUCAUCGUGUGGCUUUCGAUCAUGUCGAUGAUCAUCUUCUCGUCCAUCGAUGAGCCCAUCCGGUCGCGGAGGCAGGGGAAGAUUCGGGGGCCGGUGUUCAUCGGUGGGAAGGGGUGCGGCUGCGGCGCGUGCGCGGUUGGUGCAGGUGUAUGUGGAACUUACCUUUCUUAGAAGAGAAGGGUCUUUGAAGAGGAUGCUUCUGCACAUAGAAAAGAUCAUGAAGAAUAUGUGAAAUGGGCUUUAGUAAGUCUCCAACAAAACAUAGUAACAAAGUACUUUGUAUAUUUUCUCUUGCCCUUUGUUGUUUCUGAUGCAAUUUAUUGAGAAUAAGAACAUAGUUUUGUAAUGCAAAAUUCAAUUUCAUGAAUUGCACCUAUCAUUAGCCCUUUUGGGUGUAAAGAAAAAAAAAAGGGAAGAGAAGAGAAGAAAAAAGAGAAGAGAUGAGAUGAAUUUUAUGCGAAUAUGUAUGGGAAAUUCAUAAGAUUGGAUGAUAAGUAAUUAAUAAAUGAUUUCUCGUUUUAAAGAAUGCUA